GUCACAUGACGGCCAAGGCUGUGUUAACUAUGCUUCCUGGUGGGUUGGAUGAUUGAGCCUGUGUCUGUCUGGAUGUGAGGAUAAGACCUGACCUUACUGGUAAUCCCAUCUCUUCCUCUGGGAAACACAAGGAGAUCAUUUGAAUCCAAGAUGUCUGAAGAGGAAGUUGAGGAGAUGCAGUGAGUGCUCUUAUUUCUUCUUCUGAGCGAUUCCUGUGUUUUAUGUGCAGAUCAUAUUUUUGUCUUAUUGGUCGAAAAGUUCCAAUCUUCACUUCUUUUCUUCUCAGAGUCAAAGCUUUGUUCAGACGGAAUGUCAGAUACCAGCAGUGGGUUUUUCAGUUUCUCCCGAGAGACAAUAUCACAGUUCUCAGAGUUUGACCAAAUCCCAGCUGCGAGCUGUUUGCCAGCGUCUCACUGAUCCACUAAUCCAUAGUCUGCUUGCCCAGUCAUGGAGACACUGAAAAAGGAAGAAGUUGCACCUGAAGUAGAAGAGCCUCCACAAGAAGAGUCUCCAGUUGCAGAUGAAGUAGAUGACCUAAAACCCAAACCAAAAGCGUUUGCUCCAGCGAUGACUGUGCCAAAGAUACCAGAGGGAGAGAAAGUCGACUUUGAUGACAUCCAGAAGAAGCGCCAGGAGAAGGAUCUUGCUGAGCUGCACUCUCUGAUCGAGGCCCACUUCAUCCAGCGGAAGAAGGACGAGCAGGAACUCAUCACUCUCGUUAACAGGAUCGAGAAGCGUCGUGCUGAGAGGGCUGAACAGCAGAGGAUCCGUGCUGAGCUGGAGAACGAGAGACUGGCACGUGUUGCUGACGGCAGGAAGGAAGCUAGGAAGCAGACAGAGCAAGAGAAGAAAAAGAAGAUCCUGGCUGACAGGAGGAAGCCGCUCAACAUCGAGCACCUCAGUGAGGUCAAACUGAAGGAGAAAGCCGAUGAGCUGUGGCACUGGCUUAUGACACUGGAGGCUGAGAAGUAUGAGCUCACAGAGAAACUGAAGAGACAGAAAUAUGAUAUCAAUGUGCUCCAGACCCGAAUCGCUGUGCAGCAGAAGUUGCCGAGGGGAAGCAAUCCAAGAGCACGGCAUCAGCAGACAAAGAUCAGAGUGCAUGCCAGCAGCCCAUGCCCAUCCACCCAUCCAUGCCCCACUGCCAGCCAGGCACAGAGCCAGCAAGCUGCGUACGUGCCCACCUUGGCACCAUCCAUGUCUGCUCCAGACGCGGGGGGCUCGACAGAAACCCCAGUUGGACCAGCCGGGCCUUUGCCAACAGACUAGCAGGAAUAUGAGAGCAGGAGUGGAGAGAGAAAAACAGAGAGGAAAUGUGGAAAGACAUUUGAUGGGAGGAGAAGACGCUCUGCAGAACGAGAGAGGCGAGAUCAAAUUCCUGGACGGAAACUACCCGAAGCAUUUGGUCCACAGAUCCUCACGCCGCUGUGCUACGAGUGAUUAAAGCUGCACAAGACCCCUUAUUCUUCUCUGCUAUUACAUUUUCAAAUAAGACUGUUCUUUCACCUUAUCCCUGGGCACUGCAGCCGGCAGCUCUCUCAUCCUGUUCCUCCUUUCCUCCUAGAAACACACAAAAAAUGAUUUUACUGGUUUUGGCUAAAUUAUUUCAACAUAUUGCAGAUAAUUUACUGGAAAACCCAUCAUUAAAACCCUACUUAAGUCAAGUAUGAAAACUACAGAGAAUGGGGUUUUCUAGGGUGCAUCCUCAUCUUAUACACCAGGUUGUACAUGAUGGGAUUCGAAUGUAAUAUCACAAGGAAGUAAGAUACAGUCUUGAUUCAGGAACAUCGAUGGUGUCGUAGUAACAUUAUGUAACGCCUACGCACUCCCUGGAAGUGAAUAUGCUUUUUUACAGAAAGAUGUUUGAGGGAACCAGAGGAAUUAUUAUACGAGGUGGAGAAUGAAACAUUCCUCUUAACUCAUUAAAACAGGCAAUGUGUAAGAACUGACCCACUGUCAAAUUCAUUCUCCACAGAGAAGGAAUAUAUAACCAGAAAAGUGUGGCAUAUUUCUCUGCUGUAAAGUCAAGGAAAUGCACUCUUCAUCCCCUUCACCAGUCUCAUCGUCAAACCCUGAUUUUAGGCAAAAACCCGGUGAACUGUCAGAAAAUGUUUUUACAUACCAUUUCUGUCUACCUGUCAUUUUGGGUGUACGAAGUUAAUCAAUUAAAAGUUCCAGGUAAAAAGUUUCCUGAAUAAUCUGGAUGUUCAAGUUUGCUUUUUCUAUACUUUGUUUUGGUUUCUGAAUUUUUCCACUCCACCAUUAUCACCUUGAUUUUUUUUCUUUUACUAUACGUGACUUUUUUUAAACAAAAAUUAUUGGGUUUAAGCAAAUUGUAUGAAAAUGUUGACACUUGAAAUUGUGAACGGCAGAACCUUCUCAAAGUCUGACGUUAAAAGAUGUAGCUGAUCUUCUGCCCUGCACAGAUGAUGUUUGGUGAAAUGACAAUAAAGUUGUUGAGUCUGGA